AAAUUGGCCCUUACUCCUCAGUCUGUAUCCAUUGCCCGAAACCUUCUGCUCCGUCCAGAUAUUUUCUUUGUCCAAGGCGCAGCUACACUUGUAAAUAAUGGGUGCAUUCAGAAAACACAAUCGUUAGAUAGCAAUCGAACGCGAUUGGUUCUUACUUCUACACUAGCAAAUCAAUGUCGAAUAUUGACAAGAUGAGCUCAACGGUUGUGUUUGCUGAACGUACCCAAUGGCGCCAGCUAGUAACGAUAGUUUUUUUUACCUAUCUAUCCCUUCCACAGGUAGGUUGUGAGUCUUCUAUUUCUAGUCUUUAUGCUUUCGGCGGCCGAAAUUCAAUCUCUGGUCUUUGGUUUGGGUUUGGUUACCUUUGGUCAAUCAGUCGCCGUCGAUCGUCGAUGGCCAUAAGCCGUCGGUAUAAAACAGUUUAUACCGCAACUGAUCUGCUAUCAAAGAAUAGAUAUUGAAAGAGAUGUGCUUCCUGAAAUUUUAGUGUCGCAACAUUCAGUGUAGACGAGGAACGCUUCUCAUCUCACUGUCGAUCGGGAGCAGGGAUCAUUUGGCAGUACACUCUUUUUUACGAUACAAUACACAAUCUUUAAAUUAUUUACGGUGUAUAUAUAAUGAACAAAUAACUCACUAUACACAUAUAUCUAAUGUAUAUUGUGUAUGUACAUAUACAUAUAUAUAAAAUAGGGUGUCAGGAGUCGAUUGCACCACCCGUCAUGUGCAGGUAGAGCAGUUUUUCUCGAAAAUCGACGAAUUACGUGACAGACGAUGGCAUCACUUAGAUUAUUUAUAGCAGGUGCAAGUGCCGUAGGUGCUGGUACUCUUACUUCACAUUUUCUUUUGUCGGAUACUACGGUACACGCUGAAAAAGGAAAACCAAGACCACCUCGAAGGACUUUACCAACACGAGAGGAUCAAGUAAAAACUUUAAAGUCGCAAGAGUACGAUAUACUGAUAAUUGGAGGUGGUGCGACAGGGGCAGGAUGCGCUUUGGAUGCUUGUACGCGAGGUUUGAAGACUGCGUUAGUUGAAGCCGACGACUUUGCAUCUGGGACUUCUUCCCGAAGCACAAAGUUAAUUCAUGGCGGUGUACGAUAUUUACAAAAAGCUAUCAUGCAAUUGGACAUCGAGCAGUACAGAAUGGUAAAAGAAGCACUUCACGAACGUGCGUUAAUGUUGCAGAGCGCACCACAUCUGGCGCAUCCAUUACCCAUUAUGUUGCCAGUUUAUACAUGGUGGCAGAUUCCUUAUUAUUGGUUCGGCAUUAAGAUGUAUGAUCUGGUAGCAGGUAGCAAAACAGUCAAGUCAUCGUACUACUUGAGUAAAUCAAACGCUUUAGAACUUUUUCCGAUGCUGAAAGGCGACAAAUUGACGGGAGCUAUUGUCUACUAUGACGGUCAGCAAGACGAUGCUAGAAUGAAUUUGGCAAUCGCUCUGACAGCUUCAAGACAUGGGGCGACAGUUGUAAAUCAUGUUAAAGUGGUUAAUCUGUUAAAAGGUCUCGACAAGGAUGGCAAACGUGUCCUCGUGGGUGCUCAUCUCAAAGAUGAACUUACUGGAGAGGAAUGGGACGUAAAAGCUAAGGCGAUAAUCAACGCGACAGGUCCCUUUACCGAUCAUAUCAGAAAGAUGGACGACCAGAACGUUCCGUCUAUCUGCUCUCCGUCUUCCGGAGUUCACAUAGUGUUGCCAGGAUAUUACAGUCCCGAUCAGAUGGGUCUACUCGAUCCAGCGACGAGCGACGGCCGUGUUAUCUUUUUUUUGCCGUGGCAAAAACAAACUAUCGCGGGAACGACUGAUCUACCAUGCGAGGUAACGCAUAAUCCUCGGCCCACAGAAGACGAAAUCAUGUUCAUCCUGCAGGAAGUAAAAAACUAUUUAAAUCCGGACGUCGAGGUACGCCGCGGAGACGUUCUCUCCGCCUGGAGUGGAAUCAGACCACUCGUUUCUGAUCCGAACAAACCAAACACGCAGUCGCUUGCCAGAAAUCAUAUCGUGCACGUUAGUCCUACGAAUCUCAUCACUAUAGCAGGCGGUAAAUGGACAACUUAUCGAGCGAUGGCUCAAGAAACCAUUGACGCGGCCAUAAAAGCUUGCGACUUACAACCAGAAAGACCUUGCCAGACUGAUGGCUUCCUUCUGGAAGGUGCUCAAGGUUGGAGUCCUACAAUGUACAUUAGAUUGGUGCAGGACUUUGGUUUAGAAUGCGAAGUCGCGCAGCACUUGUCCAAGAGCUACGGAGAUCGUGCAUUCGCCGUAGCUAAAAUGGCUUCUCUGACAGGGAAACGAUGGCCGAUUAUUGGAAAAAAGAUUCAUCCGGAAUUUCCGUAUAUCGAUGCUGAAAUACGUUACGGUGUACGAGAAUAUGCUAGAACUGCGAUUGAUAUGAUCGCGCGUCGAUUAAGACUCGCUUUCCUCAAUGUGCAAGCAGCUCAAGAAGCAUUGCCAGUCAUCAUAGAUCUCAUGGCUGAAGAGUUGCAUUGGUCGACGGAAGAGAAGAAGAAGCAAUAUCGUGAGGCCAGCGAAUUUCUCGCACAGGAAAUGGGUCAAAUGGUGAAUCGUGCUUCUCGUGACAAGAUUCCCAUCAAUCUCACCAAAGAAGAGAUCCAGCUCUAUAUCAAGCGCUUUGGAAUUAUAGACAAGGACAAAAAAGGAUAUGUGUCUAUUAAUGAUAUUAGACGAGGAUUAAAGCUCUUUGGAGAUAAGGAAGUACCGGGUGAAGAACUUCAUGAAAUUCUACGCGAAAUCGACACCAAUAUGAAUGGUCAAGUUGAAUUGGAUGAAUAUCUUCAGAUGAUGUCAGCUAUAAAAUCUGGUCAUGUGGCAUAUUCACGUUUCGCACGGAUGGCUGAAAUGGAGGAAGCACAGCAUGAAAAAGAAAUGCUCAAGAAACAAAUAAGCGUCGAGAGAUCGGGUGGAGGAUUGUGAACUGUGAAGAAAGACUCAUCUCCUUACAGGCUGCAAAGUUUUGAAAAAUAUCUUUACUUUACAUCCUUAUUUGAUUUGACAUGUUUUAUCAUAUAUAUUCAUUAUAGAGUACAAGUACAUUGAAUCAAGCGCACAUACGUAUGUCCAUGUAUGUAGCAGAAACCAAAAAUUAAAUAAUCUCUUACAAAAAAUAAAA